AUGAAAGCUUCAAGUCAAGCAGCACUCCCCUUCACCACCAUGGCUAUUCUCUUUCUUCUUCUCCUCCUACUUGCACCACCACCUUCAUAUGCUGCAAUUUCAUGCAGUGAUGUGAUCAAGGACAUUAGGCCCUGUGUGAACUACCUGAAGAACGGCAGCGGAAUGCCACCGGCGGCGUGUUGUACGGGAGCAUCGAAUCUUGCCUCCUCCGCCACCACCACGGCAGACAAGCAGGCUGCCUGUAACUGCAUUAAGAGUGCGGCCAAAAACGCUAACAUCAAGUCUGAAUUGGCCAAGGCUCUUCCAGCCAAUUGUGGAAUCACCUUGUCCAUCCCUAUCUCCCCCAACACAGACUGUACCAAGUACUUAUACUAG